AAGGUCAGCUCGAGUUACUCGAGAGGGCGGAGUGACUCCUUACAGGAGGAGGGGAGAAUUGCGCAGGCGUUGGAUUAAGGAACCAAUCCAGAGAGGAUAGCUUCGCGCACGCGCCUCGGAAGGCUCGUCAGAGACACAACAGAACCAACGCAUGCGCUCUGAGAAUGCAGGGGGUAGCAACUCUCCGGAGCAACCGCGGGUAGGAGAAAGGCCCUGCGCUUGGACAGUGAUUUUAUUUCAGAAUUUUGCGCAUGCUUGCAAGCCAGGAUGUUCUGCGCCUGCGCAGUUCUUGUGUCGCCUUGGUUUGACUCUAGUGCGCCUGCGCGGUCUUUUGUUUCUUACUUGUAGCUGCCGGACCAAUCGGCGUUGUCUUCGGCCUGGAGCUCGGCGGACUGGGAACGUUUGAACCGCGGGGUUCCGAAUGGCCCGCCAGAGAUGAACCCCAACCCCGGGGGCAGCGCCGGGAGGAAAAGGGUGUGAGGCCUGGGGGAGGCGGGAGGGUGUGGGCAGGUGCCGCGCCCGAGGGAGCAGGUGGGGCCCGCGCGCUGGGCGCCUGCAGGACCGGGCUUUCCCACUCGGCCACUCGGCAGGAGCUAACUCAGCAUCAGCAUCGCGUUGCCCCUCAGGAUGCGAAGACCGCACUCAGCCUGAGCUGGCGGUGGGCCUGAUGGCAGAAGACAGCAACCGAGACGCGCUGGCGGGGCCAGGGGCGCUCUGGGAGGCCCUGCGGGCGCUCCUGCCCCGCACUAAAGAAGAACUGCGGUUGGACCUCCGUGCGAGCGUGGAGGGGAGUGUGGUGGUGCUGCUGCAGCAAGCCGCCGACCUCUUCUACGGGGGCAGACGGAGCGAGUGUCUGCAGGCGUGCGAGGCGGUCCUUGACUACUCCUGGGAGAAACUCAAUACCGGGCUGUGGCAGGACGUGGACAAAGACUGGCGUCGGGUUUAUGCCUUCGGCUGCCUCCUGAAAGCCAUGUGUCUGUGUGAAGCGCCUGGGGACUCGGCCACCGUGGCCGCAGCCCUCAGAGCCUGUGACAUGGGCCUGCUGAUGGGAGCGGCCAUCUUCGAUGACAUCCUCAUUAAAGUCGCUGCCGUCCUCCAGGCGCACCUUCUCCCUGGAAAAAGGCCUGCCCAAGGUCCGGCCCCGGAGCAGCCCCGCUUAAAGAAAGCCAGGAAUGGCCAUGUUUCAAUUCCCGAUAUGAGGUCAGAGAAAGCAGUCCCCCGGCUUCACUGUCCAUCCCUGCAGCAUUUCAGGAAGCAUUAUUUGAUUCCACAGACGCCUGUGAUCUUGGAAGGCGUGGCCGACCAUUGGCCGUGCAUGAAGAAGUGGAGCUUGGAGUAUAUACAAGAAAUUGCUGGCUGCCGCACUGUCCCGGUGGAAGUGGGCUCUAGGUACACCGACGAGGAAUGGUCCCAGAGGCUCAUGACGGUCAGUGAGUUCAUCAGCUGCUACAUCCUCAACGAGCCGAGGGACGUCGGGUACCUGGCCCAGCACCAGCUCUUUGACCAGAUCCCGGAGCUGAAGCAGGACAUCAGCAUCCCUGACUACUGCUGCCUGGGCGACGGGGAGGAGGAAGAGAUCACCAUCAACGCCUGGUUUGGGCCCCCGGGCACCGUGUCCCCCCUUCACCAGGAUCCCCAGCAGAACUUCCUGGCCCAGGUGCUUGGGAGGAAGUACAUCCGCCUGUAUUCCCCGCAGGAGUCGGAGGCGGUCUACCCUCAUGACACACACCUUCUGCACAACACCAGCCAGGUUGAUGUGGAGAAUCCCGACUUGGAGAAGUUCCCCAGGUUUGCGGAGGCCCCGUUCCUGUCCUGCAUCCUGUCCCCGGGAGAGCUGCUGUUCAUCCCCGUUAAAUACUGGCAUUACGUGCGGGCCCUGGACCUGAGCUUCUCCGUCAGCUUCUGGUGGGCAUAGGCCUGCCCUGCGCCGGCCAGGUGUGUGCGGCAAGAGCCCAGAAAGCCAUUCCAGCCGUACGGCAAGGCGUGGGCCUGAUAGGCCUGAUGUGUUGGGAAACGGGCUCUGAGGUUGGCGGCCUGGGUUCAAACCCGGCCCCCUGGCUUAAGUGCCAUGUGAUUUGGGCAAGUGUGUCUCCACCUGGAAAACGGGGCACUGGUCCUCACCACAGAGGGUCUGGGAGGUGGAGCGUGUGCAGAGCCCAGACAGUCAUGCUUGUCACACAGCUGUCAUGACGGGCCUCCACACCGUAGCCUGCAGGUGGGCAUGUUGGGCAUGGCCCUGGUCACGGCGAGAGUCCUUGCCAGCUUGCUGGAGAGCUCAGACCUCUGCUGGGCAAUGGGAAGUCCACGGACAUCCUUUUUGGUUCUUUAUUUAUUUAUUUUACUCAUUGAUUUUGGAGAGAGGAAGGGGGUGGGGGAGAGAGAGACAUCAGUUUGUUACCUAUGCAUUCGUUGGUUGGUUCUCACAUGACCGGGGACGGAACCUGCAACCUUGGCACAUCAGGACGACACUGCAGCCGAGCUCCGUGCUGUCACUGCUGAGGUGUGACCUGCCUUCGGGGAACUGCGUGGUCAUUCCCUGGGCGCCCUCCCAGGAGGCUGUUCCCAAAGCAAGAAAGCGACCCCUCGCCACCGCCGGGCAACCC